AUGCAAAGUUCAACAGAUGUUGCUCACUCCUUGAGUGUCAUGUUAACGUUUUCUCGCCAUGAUAUGAACACACCAACCGGACUGAUCUUUGAGAAGACAGCCAUAAAUGCGAAUGGGAGCAGGCCUGUGCGAGUCGCCAUCGUUGAAGAAGGAAGUCUCGCAGACAAGGCUGCAUUCAAACCAGGGGAUACAUUGCUUGCUAUCAAUAACGUGCCAAUUCGAAGCGAGCGGCAGGUCGUUCGUUUUCUGCAGCAAACAAUCGGGGACUUAUUGGUACUUGUGGAUCGCAAUCUUGACGAUAUUGACGACGAGGGCUCUCAAAGCCCAUCGCCGUCACAGUCUCUCCAAUAUCGCAUCGGCUGCGUCAAUGGUGAAUACAAACACGGAUUCGGUUGCAUCUUCACUCUUGAGUUU